AUGAAAAAUUGUGCUACGAAGAAAGUUUCCAAGAAACGAAAACGUGUUAAGGGGAUUACACAAACAUCUGAGGCUAACAAUACCGAUAUGGAAGCACGCGAUGAUACAUUUGUCAAUAGUUCUCAUGUUUCUGAACCCGAUGUACCAAGAUCCACUACUGAAUUGGUCCAACAAGAUGCACCAAUAUCACAAGAUUCAACAUUGGACGUGAAGGGACGUAAGAAAACCAGAGGUCCAACCAGAAUGAAACAUAUUGCAAUGGAUCCAGGGAGUAGGAUACAUGUCGAAUUUACUAACAGGGGUGAACCGUGUGGAAAGGGGUCAGUUACCCUAUCAUCUUAUUUAAGUCCACUAGUACGGGAGCACGUUCCUGUAACGCUGCAUGAUUGGAGAAAGCUCGGUGAUGACAAAAAAAUAGUUUUGUGGAAAUCGAUACAGGCACGAUUCGACAUUGACGAGGAGUGGCAGAACACAAUUGUUUUUAAGUCAAUGGGAUGUUUAUGGAGGGCUUCAAAGUCAAGGUUAGUCAAACAAAUACAAUUGGCAAAGAAUGAGGAUGAAAGACUAGAACUACGACCGAAUAACAUUCACAGUAUGAUGGAGUGGAAAAGGUUUAUCAAAGAGAAAACAAGUCAAACAUUUAAGAAAAAGAAUAGUGCAGACCCGUCUUCUGUAUCUAGGGUCGAUGUUUGGAUUAGGUCACGCACAAGAAAGGAUGGUCAACCAGUAAACACAUCAGUUUCAGAAACUAUUGAGAAGCUCAAUAAAUUUGAAAAUGAGUCACCAUCGUCUUCAAUUAAUAUCAGGGAUGAUUAUCUUUCCAAAGUUUUGGGACAAGACAAAUAUGGUCGAUUUAGAGGAAUGGGAAGAGGAAUGACCAUUAGUAAAUUGAUGUUGUUCAGUGCAAAUGAGAAGUAUAUAUCACAAAUGGAAAAUAGGAUAACACAAUUGGAGAACUUGAUCAAGAAGAAUAAUGUUAAUCAAAGUGAAGAAGCGGACAAAGCAUCUUCGAAGGAUGAUCAUUCCGACUCAAAUCAAGUUUGCAAGUUAGUAGAUUGGAGAGGAACAAAUGAAAUUGUUGCCGAAGGAUGUGUUAUAUCAAUUGAUCCAAAAGAACUCGUCGGUGGAAUUCCCCUUGGACCUGAUGCAAUGAAAGUUUUGGUUGAUAUUCUAAUAAAACCAGAUGCUUUUUUGUGGAGGCCUACUAUUAAUAUGAGCCUUAUUCAACACGCUCAGGAUAAGAUAAUAGCUUGGCCUGCUGAGAGCGUUAUUUUGCAAGUUCAGCAAGAGUCUAAUGAACGAGACAACGUAUCUCCUAAUUCGAGUAACUCAAGGAACAAAUGCAAAUUGAUUGAUUGGAGGAGAGGGAAAGAUGAAUUGGUUGCAGAAGGUCGUUUACAUUCGGAUGACCCAAAUGCAUUAAUAAAUGAUAUUCCUCUUGGGCCAAACGCCAUGAUAGUUUGGGUGGAUGUUCCAAAAAGUCCUGAAGCAUGUUUAUGGCGGUCUACAUCACAGAUGUCACUUAUCACACAUGCAAUCAACUCUACAAUAGCUUGGCCUGCGGAUAAAGUCAUAAUGGAAUCGAAUUCAGAAAGCGAAGGAAAUAUUUCAUCCCCUGUGGUAAGAAGUUGUCUGUGUUUAUGCAUAUACAUACAAAUUGUGAAUAUGAAUCUUAUUUUAUUCUCUUUUUUAUGUUUUAUGAUUUGUCAUGUUUGAUUUAUUAGAGUGUGAACACUAACAAUGUAAAGAAGUGCAAAUUAUUGGAUGUUACUGGAUCUGGUAGAAUAGUUGCAGAAGGACGAUGGUCCUCAAGUGAUCCGAAACAAGUUGUUCAUUUUGUUCCCCUGGGUCCUAAUGCAACGAGUGUUUGGAUCGAUACUCCAAAAAUCCCCAGUGCGUCGCUUUGGAGGUCUACAUCAGAGAUGGAGUUUAUUGACGAUGCCAUCGGCUCUAUAGUAGCAUGGCCCACGGAUAAAGUAUUAUUAGUUUAAACCUCUGGUAAGUAAUAUAACAAUUUUUUUCUUUUUUGGAGAAAUGUAUUUGUGACUUGCAUGUCCUCUUACCUUUAAGAAAAUCUUUAUAUAUAUUUAAUAUCGAGAAAACUUAUAUAUAGAUCGCGUUAUAGUUG